AUGCACUACGUUACACAUGGCGUACCAGCAGUGUUCUUCAUUGAUGGCCCAGGUGGAACUGGGAAAACAUUUUUGUACAACGCAUUGCUCGCUGAGGUCCGUUCACGAGGCCUAAUUGCACUUGCAACAGCUUCAUCAGGCGUCGCGGCAAAUAACAUGCCGGGUGGUAGAACCGCACACUCAAGAUUCAAAAUCCCGAUAAACCUAUGUAACAACUCCAUGUGCAACUUAAAAAAACAAAGUGGUGUCGCUCGCCUUAUCAACUCAUCGAAACUAAUCAUUUGGGACGAAGCCUCCAUGACAAAACGACAAUCGAUAGAGGCAGUCGACCGCACCUUGCAAGACAUCACAGGCAUACCUCUCCCAUUUGGUGGAAAAACAAUGGUAAUGGGAGGAGACUUCAGGCAAGUGCUACCCGUUGUCAAGCGAGGCACGCGAGCACAGAUCGUAGACGCUAGCCUUCGUAUGUCACCUCUUUGGGUAUUAACUAGGAAAAUGCGGUUGACCACAAAUAUGAGGGCAAUCAGCGAUCCAUGGUUCUCAGACUUCCUAUUACGAGUAGGAGAUGGAACACAACCGUCAACAGAUGGAACAUACAUCUGCAUCCCCGCAGACAUGACAAUCCCCUUUACCACCAAAGAGGAGUCAGUUAAAGAACUCAUUAACGCAAUCUUCCCAUCACUACGUACAAAUGUCCAACCCACCGAAUGUAUAACAUCACGAGCAAUCUUAACAACUAGAAACGAGACCGUCGACGAGAUCAAUGACCAUAUGAUAGACCUUUUCCAGGGGGACGCAAAAGUAUACUACAGUUUUGACACAACGGACGACGACAAACAAAACCUCUAUCCAACCGAGUUCCUCAACUCACUGACUAUCAGCGGGUUACCACCUCACAAGCUUCGCCUGAAAAUUGGAUGCCCCAUAAUAUUGCUUCGAAACAUCGACCCGUCAAAUGGUUUAUGCAACGGCACACGACUUAUAUGUAAGGCAUUCGCACCCAACGUAAUUGACGCUGAAAUAGCAAUCGGUGACCAUAAGGGGAAAAGAGUUUUCUUACCAAGAAUACCCAUGUGCUUAUCGGAAGAUGACAUGUUACCUUUCAAACUAAAGAGAAAACAAUUCCCCAUCCGGCUUAGCUUCUCGAUGACAAUCAACAAAUCGCAGGGUCAAACUAUACCAUACGUUGGUAUCUACCUCCCGGAAUCUGUGUUCUCGCAUGGGCAGCUUUACGUCGCAUUGUCAAGAGGCAAGUCACGUGAAAACACAAAGGUCCUUGUCCACCUGGAUAAAAAAUUUACACAGCCUGGCGUUUACACCUCUAAUGUUGUCUAUCGCGAAGUUUUGCAACCCUGA